AUGGGCGAUUCCAAAAUUUUAAAACCUGGAUCCAUCGUUGGAUUCUGUAAUCCAUUAUUAGACAUGACGGUUGUUGGAGAUCAAACUUUGUUGGAUAAAUAUGAUCUGAAAAAUAACAACGCUAUCUUGGCUGAGGAAAAACACAUGCCUCUCUACGAGGAAUUGUUGAAUAAUAAAAAUAUCGAAUACACCGCUGGAGGCUCAGCUCAAAAUUCUUUGAGGGUUGCUCAGUGGGUUCUAGAAAAACCUAACUUAACCGUGUUUUUUGGUGCGGUUGGUAAAGAUAAAUACAGUGAGAUUUUGAAACAUAAAGCUAACAGCGAGGGAGUUGAUGUUAAAUACCAAUACUCGACAGAAAAACCCACUGGCACCUGUGCAGUUAUUGUCACCAAUAAUGGCAAAGAUAGAUCUUUGUGCGCUAAUUUAUCGGCCGCCGAGACUUUUACUGAAUGCCAUUUGGAUGUUCCUGAAAACAAAGCUAUAAUUGAAAAUGCAAAAUUCUACUUAGUUACCGGUUUUUUCUUGCAAGUCAAUGUAAAAGCUGUUCAAAAAAUUGCUAAGAUUGCUUUUGAACGAAAGUGUCCAUUUUUAUUCAAUAUGAGUGCUCCAUUUAUUUAUCAAUUUUAUAUGGAUUCAGUUAUGUCAAUUUUUCGUUAUGUUACUAUUGUAGUGGGAAAUGAUGAAGAAGCCAAAGCAUUUUCAGAUGGACAAAAAUGGGAUUUAACUAACAUUGAGGAAAUCGCAUGUAAAUUAAGUACUUUCGAAAUUGAAAAUGAUGGACAUCGUUUAGUUAUUAUAACUCAAGGCGAAAAACCAGUUCUCGUUGCUAAAGAUGGAGUUAUCACAAAAUAUGCAGUGCCUAAAAUUCCAAUAAGUAAUAUUGUUGAUUCAAAUGGUGCUGGUGAUGCAUUUAUUGGUGGUUUUAUUAGCAAAUAUAUUUUGGAAUGUCCAAUUGAAACCUGUAUAGAAGCGGGAAUUAAUGCAGGAUCAUAUAUCAUACAACAACCAGGAAUAACAAAAGGAGAUUCAUUCAAAAUAUAA